UAAUGAAAAAAAGAAAAUAAUCAGUUUUAAAAUGAUCUUCAGUUUGUCAGUGUUCAUCGACACAAAAAAACUCCCCUCUGUUGUCGCAGUAUAUUUAGUUUUUAUAACCUAAAUAAUUAUUAUCAUUAAUAAUUUUUAAAACAUUGUUUUCAUUAAAAACAGAAACAACAUUCACUAAUCAAAAAUUUCAAAAAUACAUAUGGAAUAGCCAAUAUAUAUCGUGUGUGUAUAUAUAUGUAAGAUAAGAUGGUAUGUAAGCAAAUUAUCACUUAGACCUAGAGAUUACUUCCUUUGUAGCAAUCUUAUGCUAAUAAAUUUGUUAGUACCUCUGAUAAGUGGCAUUUAAAAUUAGUUUCUUGUGUGCAGCUUUAGUAACAUUUCAACAGUGGAAAACUAGAUUAUAAUUUCUUAACGUUUAAAAGUUAAAAAUGUGUUCUACUAAUAAAAUUCACGUCGUAAUACCAGUAGUGAUUUUGUUAUUAUUUUUUCCUCAUUUCGAGCAUGGAUCAUCACACAAUUUGAGAACAAAACGUUUCUUUGUUUAUCCACCUCCUGGUUCUUUCACCCCAACUAAAGUACAGUUAGGAGUUAUAGUAGGUGACAAGGAUCCGUCAACUGUAGAUCAUGUACACAGUGCAGCAGAAAAUGAAAUUGUUAAACAUAUUGACAAAAACCAGUUGAUUUUUGGUCUGGGUUUACCAAUGGAAGUUGAUGUCAGUACGAUUAUCGGCUAUGUGAUGAAGUGUAAUUACGUUUUGCCUUUCAACGCUUCGUACUUGAUGAAUCCAUAUAUUCGGUAUAGCAGAUCGAUCAAAUAUGGUGAAAAAAUAUUAAAAAAUUCUUCUUCUUUUAAUGAAAAAGGCCGCAAUCAGCCAUCAAUGACACGAUAUGAAAUUUAUAGAUUUAUUCAAAGUGCAUUUCAAUCAGGAAAGGUGUGUCUAUUAAGAGCAAUUUGCGAAUCAGCUGGAACAAAUUUUAAUAAAUAUUCCGGUGUUCUAUCUCAAUUAUUACACAUAUUUUUCACGAUGAAGCUGCUUUUAAUAAAACUGAUAAUGGCAACUUUAAUGUCCUCCAGAGCAGAUGUUUUGAAAAGUUCGUUUGCGAAUGCGGUGCACCGGAAUAUCAGAGCUUUGUCCUUUCCGGAUGAGAGCGAAAUGGGGCUAUUUUUUGCACUUGCUAUUCCCUUGGACGACCCUGUUUCGACGAAAGCGAUUUCCGUUGCGUUCUUCUUCGAGGCAAAUUAUCAAUUACGCAGUAACAACACGGAAUUUCAAUCCAAAGUAACAAAGAAAAAUCAGAAAAAACGAUCUGCAGGUCAACGAUAUUUCAUAAAUCGCAAAACGAUCUACGCUGUAUUGGAGUCCAAGUUCAAGUCAUUAGGAUUUCCUGGUAAGCAUUGUCUCUUAAGGUGCAUUUGUGAAACUUCACAACAGAAUAUAUAUGAAAACAAUGGACUCAUCGGUGAUUUGUUGCAUAUCACGUUAACGCCAUCUUCUACCAGUGACGAGGGUCUACCCAUUGAGUACGUCAGGGCAGAGCAAGUGGGCUUUGAGGGCGAUUGUGAAACAAUUUACUCCCGCUGUCCCUUUACAAUUUAUGACUACAUAACGGAUACAUUCACCACUGGCGAAUAGUGAGGCCGUACACCUACAUCUGCUGAAUAAAUAUGUUAAGAACACUCUAACUGCGCGCGAACAUUUUCGAAAUAUAUAAAUAUACACAUACUAAGGGACAUCGCUUACAAAACUCAUGUUUUUACUUUUUUCAUAUUGAUUCAAUUACAUAUUGUAUUUUGCAAAUAAAUUUUACAAAUAUAUUCUAAAGAUAGAAAAUAUAAAUAAUCAUGUUGCAUCCCAUGUAUGUGUUGUGACUUGGCAUUCUGUCUUGCACAAUAUUUCUUGAAAUUUGUUUAAAAUUUUGUUUUUAAAUAAUAGUUUUGAUAAAGUAAUCUAUCAACAUUGAACAUUUUGACGUAAGUUGCACUUUAAAAUUUCUACAACCGUUUUUCCAAAGGACCACGUUUUUGGCAUAUUUUCAAAAACGUGGAGUGAGGCGGCCAACUGUUUUAAUAUAGUUAAAAAACAUAACUUUAAGUUUUAUUGGUUUAUACACCUGUCUUUAGCCUUACAUACUUGGCUAUACAAGUGUUUUUACAUUUUUCGUAAAUUUCUCUUACAAA